AUGUUCAUAGACCUUGUUAUCCAUACUGAACAAGCCCCACACAAGUUUUCAAAGGGAAUGGAUAGGCAUGAGAUCUAUGAUGUUUAUACGAAAGUUCCAGAAUUUUCAAUACUCCUGAAAGAGAUUAAGGAAUUAUUUUGUCCAAAGCAGGAUACUAAAAACAAAAUCCCUUCUACCAUUUUGUUGAUCGGACGUCCCGGAAUUGGAAAAACUGUUCUGACCAGAAAAAUCAUGCGAGAUUGGGCAAAAGGAGAUGAUGAAAUUUAUCAUGAUAAAAUCGCAUUUUACUUCAAAUUCAGAUGGUUCAAUCUAUCCGAAAUAGAACAUGUAACACUUAAGAAAUUUCUUCAGUUUGGAACAGAGCUGCAGAAUGAAAAUGAAUUUGAAAGUAUUUUUAAAGAAAUUUGGGAAAACCCACAAAAUGCUACUUUCAUUUUUGACGGUUUCGAUGAAUUUGGUGCAAACCAUGAAGGUUUUCAGAAAAUUCUAGAUCAGUCAAGAAUGUUUCCCAAUGACGAUGUUUCUUGUUCCAUGUCUGCAAUGAUUCUGUUUGUCAAAAUCUUGUCUGGCGACAUGUUACCAGGGGCAACAGUCUUGGUGACCAGCAGGCCAACUGUGAAUGAUGUUUUGUGCAAAAUGAAAUUUGACAGAACUGCUGAGAUUAUUGGGUUCACAUCAGAUAAAAUUGAACAGUAUGUUAAACAGUUUUGUGCUAAUCAUAACAGGUGUGAUCUAGAAGCAACGAUAUUGGGUCACAUGAAAUCAUCAUCUGAACUGAUGAAUUUAUGCUACAUUCCAGUGAAUUGUUUUAUUGUUUGUGUUUCUCUUUUCGAAUGUCUCAUUGACUCAGAGGGUGAUAUUGGUGCUCUACCAACUACUUUGACUGAACUGUACGAGCUGGCCUUAGUCUACUUCAAUAAGCAUCAUGACCGAAAUCAAAGCAAAGAAGUUUUAAAGCAACUUCAACAGUUGGCUUACAAUGGUAUGAAAAAUGAUGAACUGAUUUUCAAUGGAGAGCUAGUUGAUGAGAAAAUGAAAGCGUCUGGAUUAUUAAAUUCUUUACCUAAUCCAAUUUUUCAAAUUCAAACACAAGCUUGCUUCAUUCAUUUAACUAUACAAGAAUUUCUCGCAGCGAAGCAUAUAGUGGAAACAAAAACACCUGAAGAAUUAAAAGAAUUUAUAACUUCCCAUUUCAAGCAUGGCAGAUGGCAUCUGGUGCUUCAAUUUCUAGCUGGAGUAUUGGGAGUGAAUAAGGAGUCCGAUGACUUUCGUCUGUACAGAAGCUGUGUGUUGUCGUUCAAGAAAUAUCUUGCAAUUGAAGGCACUACGUACAACAUUGAAGCAAAUAUUUUGGUGAUGAAAUGCUUGAGAGAAGCGCAGGAUGAAGAUGUUGCUAAAGAAAUUGCUGCAAACUCUGCUUUGAAAGAUGUGACUGAGAUAUGGUGUUCUGGUUGUGUUAUAAGACGUCUCUCCCCAAGCGAUGUGGCAGCAAUGACGUUCAUUUGCAAACACUUGAACUUUUUAAAUUGUUUAAGCAUUGCAGGCGUAUCCCGUGCUUGUGUGAUGGAAGCUUUUAAAUUGCUGCAUGGAAGAUGCUUAAAGUCACUGAGUGUGCGGGAUUGUAAUCUUCACGACAUGGGUGUGAGGCGUUGUGCUACUGCGUUGACAUCUGAAUGUCAGCUGAAUCACAGUCAUUCGAAACUUACCAAGUUAUGUUUGUCUCACAACAGUAUUAGUGAUGCCGGAGUGGCGUAUCUGAACGAGUUUCCCCAAAAUAGCCAUAAAGUCUGUUUGGAGGAUUUAGACCUGUCGAUUAAUCACAUUACUUCAUGCGGAAUUCCUACACUUUUAGAAUUUCUCAGCGUCGAAGUUUGUAACCAGCUUACAGAACUUAAUCUUGGUGGGAAUGAUAUAGGUGAUGAGGGCGUUCAUUUUCUUUGUAGCGGAAUUCGAGAAAGGCGGCUGAAACUUGAGAAGUUAAAUCUAUCUAAACAUUCUCUCCCCAAUGAAAGCAUAUUCUGGCUGGUAGAGCUUCUCAGUGACGAACACUGUCAAAUAACUGACUUAAACAUCAGUGAUAAUAAUUUAAGUAAUAAAGGAAUGGCAAUGUUGUGUGAAGUUUUCGGACAACAGACGUGUAAGGUUACUACGUUGAAUCUUAGCUCAUGUUCUUUAACAGAAAAAAGCAUGGUUGCCUUGGGUGAUGCUGUCAAUGAAGGAAAAUGUGGACUAAAGGACUUGACACUUAGCAAUAAUAAGAUAGGAGAUGAAGGUAUGCGGAUCUUGUGCAGUGUUCUUGAACAAGAAGAAUGCCCUCUCAUCAGUUUGAACGUUUCCCAUUGUUCGUUAACAGACGAAUGCAUGCCGAGCUUGUGCCAGGCUCUCGGAGACAAGCGAUGUAAACUCACUAAGUUGGAUGUAAACAACAAUGGAAUCACAGAUAAACAUUUAUCAUUACUCUCAGAAACUCUGAAACUUCAGAAUUGUUGUCUUGCAUGAAUGUUUAUAUAUUGUAUGUGUUACUACUAAAGUGGGUAAGAAGAUCCUUAAUGAAACCAUACAAUCAAACUGUAGAGAACGAGGUUUAUACAUUAUGUAUUAAAAACAAUUGUGACACUGUUUAUAACACAUAUUAAGAUGUAGUAACGUUUCUUAUAAAAUAACAUGUAUAUAACGCGUGUUCUGAUUGGUUGAAGCCCGUGUUUGGAUCAGGCCAUCCAAACACGGAAACCAUUAAGUAAUUGUAUAAUCGCGGAGAUCAUAACUUUGGUUGAGGCCGUUGAGCCUCAAAGAAGUCACAUAUAAUUAUACAUUUUAUCAGAUAAGGUUGGAAAUUUGUAGGAAUAAUUUGUAAUUAAUUUAGAUAUUAUUGGACAACAUGAUGAAUUAACAAGGUUUUCAUUACUAAAAGUUUA